GGCCGCCUCCGGCGCGACUUCCCUUGGCCUGAGUUUCCGGGCUGCUCUUGGCCUCUGCAGCCUUGCUGGAGGCCGCCCUGCGGCAUCGGAGUGAACGAGGGAAACAGCAGCAGUCACGUAGGGGAAAAGCUGUUGAGGACGGUGCCGUGCGUUCCCGCAGCGCACGCGCUCGGUGCACUGCGGCGUCCCACGCGCGUGCCAUGUAGAGGUCCCAAGUCGAAGGUUCACUUUUAAAACUGUAGCCGCCGGAAAGGCCUUGCCGGACUCCCGCUGACCGUCACCUUGAGUGGUCAUAUUUCCCAGAGAGGCACCCACCAAGAUAUGGAUCAGAAACUUUCAGACUUGGUAGAAGAGCUCACAACUUCAGGAGAACCCCGACUAAAUCCUGAGAAAAUGAAGGAACUGAAGAAAAUUUGCAAGCUGGCUCACAUCCCCAGGUCUUCAGAGGAGCAGCUGAGCCGCACCUACCGCCUGCUGAUAGCGCAGCUGUCCCAGGAGCACGCCGAGAUCCGCCUCUCAGCCUUUCAGAUUGUGGAUGAGCUCUUCACCAGGUCUCACCAGUUCCGGGUGCUGCUUGUUUCCAACUUCCAGGAGUUCCUGGAGCUCACGCUGGGCACGGACCCUGCACAGCCUCUGCCGCCCCCCAGGGAGGCGGCGCAGAGGCUGAGGCAGGCAGCCACCCGGGCCGUGGAAGGGUGGAAUGAGAAGUUCGGGGAGGCCUACAAGAAGCUUGCCUUGGGCUACCACUUCUUAAGACACAACAAAAAGGUGGAUUUUCAAGAUGCAAGUGCUCGAACUCUGGCCGAAAGAAAGAGAGAAGAGGAGAAGCAGAAGCACUUGGAUAAAAUUUACCAGGAAAGAGCCAGCCAGGCAGAGAGAGAGAUGCGAGAAAUGUCUGGAGAAAUGGAAUCCUGCUUGACAGAGGUGCAGAGCUGCUUUAGGCUCCUGGUACCGUUUGGCUUUGACUUUGGCCCGAGCCUGGAGACAGAAUCCCUUGGCAUGGCUCCUGAUGCGUCCGAUGCCCCCCGCUCCUCCUGCGCCAGCCAGGUGGGCCCUUGCCGGUCUGGCUCCCCUGACCCCUGGGACGGGGAGCAGCCCUGCUGCAGUAGGGACCUCCCUGCCUCUGCAGGCCAACCUGGAGCAGGCGGCGGGGCACUGCUGCCCCAGGCAGCUGUGGGAGACCCCUCAGAUGAGGACGAGGACAGCGACCUCGAGGAGUUUGUGCGGAGCCACGGGCUGGGCUCACACAAGUACACGCUGGAUGUGGAGCUCUGCUCAGAGGGCCUGAAGGUGCAGGAGAAUGAGGACAACCUCGCUGUGGUCCAUGCCGCCCGUGACACACUCAAGCUCAUCCGGAAUAAGUUCCUGCCGGCCGUUUGCUCCUGGAUCCAGCGCUUUGCUCGCGUGGGGACCCACGGUGGAUGUUUAAAACACGCCAUUAACCUGAAGGCAGAACUGGAGCUUGCCCUGAGGAAAUACAAGGAGCUGGACAUCGAACCCGAGGGAGGGCGGAGCUGCAGGACUGAAUCCCUGGGGGAUGGGGAGGAAGACGAGGACGAUGAGGACUUUGUGGAGGUGCCUGAGAAGGAGGGGUAUGAGCCCCACAUCCCUGACCACCUGCGGCCUGAGUAUGGGCUGGAGGUGACGCCCGAGAAGGACCCGGCUGCACGGGGCUUGCGGAUGAGGAUGAGGAGGGACGAGGAGGCGUCGGACCCCACCUCUGCAGCUGCUCAGUUGCGGUGGCUCCAGGACCACUUGCCCCGACCCUCGUCUGCCAGCCCCUCCGGAGUGUUGCUGGAGCCAGAGGAGGCCCAGAAGCUGGCGGCAGAGCGGGCCCGGGCGCCUGUGGUGCCCUACGGCGUGGACCUGCACUACUGGGGCCAGGAGCUGCCCACAGCCGGGAAGAUCCUCAAGUCUGACUCCCAGCACCGCUUCUGGAAGCCCAGCGAGGUAGAGGAGGAAGUGGUCAACGCCGACGUCUCCGAGAUGCUCCGUAGCCGCCACAUCACUUUUGCAGGGACGUUCAAGCCAGUGCAGCACCGGUGCCGCGCCCUGAGGCCAGACGGUCGGCUCUGUGAGCGCCAAGACCGGCUGAAGUGCCCUUUCCAUGGCAAGAUCAUUCCGAGGGACGACGAGGGACGGCCGCUCGACCCGGAGGAGAGGGCCCGGGAGCAGCAGCAGCAGCGGCAAAAGCAGGAGCGCCCGGAAUGGCAGGACCCUGAGCUGAUGAGAGACGUGGAGGCAGCCACGGGGCAGGAUCUCGGCUCGUCCAGGUACAGCGGGCAAGGCCGGGGGAAGAAGAAGAGGUACCCCCACCUGACCAACCUGAAGGCCCAGGCUGACACUGCCCGCGCUCGCAUCGGGAGAAAGGUCUUCGCCAAGGCAGCUGUCCGGAGGGUAGUUGCAGCCAUGAACCGGAUGGACCAGAAGAAGCACGAGAAGUUUUCAAACCAGUUCAACUAUGCACUGAAUUAGAGAGCUGGGCCCAGGGCACCCUCAGCACCUCUUCUCCCUCUGCCAGUGCCUUAGGACACCAGAGUGGGCAUGGGUCUGGGCAGUGACCAUGCUUUGUCUAUUACUGUGUUUGAUGUAAAGAAGUGGUAUUAAAAUGCCCUGAAGGUGGGGCUCUCUGCUGCUGUGGGGUCCAGCACCAUCUGCUGACGGGUCUGGCCUUGCAGAAGAGGCCCUUGAGCCUGGAGAUGUGAACCUGGGCAGUGAGCCUGUUCCCAGAGGGCGCCCAAGAGUUCUUGUGGGGCCAGUGCCUGUGGUGGGGCAGAAAGUGCGCGCAGCUGUGCCUUCAGAGCCCGCAUGCCCAGCCAGGAGGCCACCGCUCAGAGGAGCUCUGAGGAAGCCCACUUCUGUGCAAAUGCUGUUUUUAACGCAAACACCAAGGCUAGGAAACCAUUCA